AUUUGAAUGUGUCCCAGCCGGUAGUCUUGCUCCAAUGGAUAAUGGCGAGCCUGCGCCAUCUUAUGAGGGCAUUGCUGCCUCGUUUGCAAAGGCCAAAGCCGAGCAAGAGCAGCAGGAGUCGCAGGGCUUGAAACCAACAUCCAACGAUGCGGCGGCGGCCAAGAAGCAGAGCGAGAUACAGUUCAAGGCUGCGCAUGGCCUUUUGGUGGCAUUCCUGUCGCUGAUAAUGCUACUCCAAUUGCUCGGCAUUUACCUCUUCACGAGUGGUUUUCUCCUCACGAGAUUUACGUUUGACUACAAGUCCGAGUGUGCAGUACCUCCCGUCUAUACCAGUGCACGCACUUACACGGCGGGAACACCGGAACGCGGGUGCUGGCACCCCAGAACGUUCGACAAAGCAAUCGUUAUCCUCAUAGACGCACUCCGCUACGACUUCACCAUCCCAUCGUCUUCCGAGGGAGCUACCGAGAAACCCCACCACUUCCACAACGCGUUUCCAGUUCUUUACGAAGCAGCUGUCGAACAGCCUCGCAACGCAUUCCUCCUGCCAUUCAUCGCCGAUGCGCCGACCGCGACCAUGCAGAGGCUAAAGGGCCUGACAACCGGAACCCUUCCGGCGUUCGUCGAUGCUGGGUCUAAUUUUGCGGGCACGGUGAUCGAAGAGGACAACCUCAUCUCACAGCUCAAGAAUGCCAGCAAGAGGAUCGUGCAUCUUGGGGAUGAUACCUGGCACGCGCUGUUCCCGGACCAUUUCGAUCCAGAACUUACACGCCCUUACGAUUCUUUCAAUGUGUGGGAUCUGCAUACCGUAGACAAUGGAGUCACCGACCAUAUCCUCCCGCUGAUGCAUGCUUCCAAUACGUCAAAAUGGGAUGUGGUGAUCGGUCAUUAUCUGGGAGUCGACCAUGCGGGGCACCGAUACGGGCCUGACCAUCCCGCCAUGGCGGCCAAACUCAAGCAAAUGGACGACGUUAUUCGCCGAAUGAUUGAGCAGCUAGAUGAUUCUACAUUAUUGGUUGUUAUGGGUGACCAUGGCAUGGAUGCGAAAGGAGAUCACGGCGGAGAAUCCGACGACGAAAUCCAGGCUGCGCUCUGGAUGUACUCGAAGCAGGAACGGUUCGGCCGAAGCUCACCUUCCUUCAAUACGCCACCGGCUACAGCAAAGGAACGACCCGUCGCGCAAAUCGAUCUCGUUCCUACACUCUCUCUGCUUCUGGGAAUGCCUAUUCCUUUCAACAAUCUCGGGAAGCCCAUCGAGGAGGCUUUCAUCGGUACUCAAGGCAUUGAUUACGAAAAUUUGGCUACGGUCAACCGCCUCACAUCCGCCCAAAUCUACCGCUACCAGCAAGAGUAUGCUUCUGUACAAAGCAUGGACGAGGCUGCACGUGCGGCAUCGCUGACGUCUUUUAAUCAUGCAAACGAAGCGUGGGAUUCUACGGGUACCAAAUCCAAGUCAGAGGAAUACGCACAUGUCUACGCAAUGUACCAAACCUACCAACAAGAAACACUCGAUAUUUGCAAGGCCAUGUGGGCAAGCUUCGAUGUUCCUCGCAUGUUGCACGGAGUAGAAAUCCUUGCAUUCUCACUCAUAAUGCUUGCCAUUUACGCACGCGGCUUGACGGGCGAUUUGUCUGAGUUGAGCCCUGUUCUUCUCGCCCGAGGCGGCAUCGGUGCCCUUCUAGGUGCCCUAGUUGGCUUCGGCGUCAGUUCUGCAAUCCCAGAUGUACCCACACAGCAUGCCAUAAUCUAUGCCGCCGCAAUCUUUGGUAAUCUUGGCAUCGCAUCCGCCUUUUGGUAUCUCAGGCGCAGGCUAGUCUCCGUGUUGCCGAACUCUGUUUGGGGUUAUCUUAGUGUAAUCUUUACACUGCUUUUAUCCGUCGGAUUCGCAGCCAACUCCUUCACCAUCUGGGAAGACGAGAUACUACUCCACUUUUUGUCCACCUUUGGAUUCCUCGCAGCGUUGUCUUCUUUACGGCAGCCUAGAACCACCGAUCGCGUCCUGGGUGUGUACCAUUCCGUCUUAUUCGUCAUUCUCACGCGCCUCGCAUCUCUGUCAAGGCUGUGUCGCGAAGAGCAAAUGCCGUUUUGUAAGAGUACGUACUACGCAUCCGCCACGUCCUCGACGUCCGCGACAUGGCAGCUCGCCAUACCUUUCAUCGUCGCGCUUCUCCUACCAACCUUUAUUCGAGGCUACUACGAGGGGACACUCUCCUACCAAAACUCUGCAGUGAUGUGGCUCGGCUUUGGUCUACGUUUUGGUUUGCUACUCAGCGCUGCGUACUGGGCGCUCGAUGCUGCCGACGAUGGGGAUUGGUAUCCCGGUUUCAGCGGCAUGCUCAAGACCUCCAAGACAAUCAUCGCGCAGCUCACGCUCGCUAUCGCCGUCGGCGUCGGCUAUCCUACCUUCACCUGGGCAAAGCCUCUCCUCAACAUCGAAGAAGGUAAAUCUCACACGCCGCACCCGGCCAAGCAAAUCGUCCCGUCAGGCGGUCGCUCCUCCAUCGCGAUUCUCGGCUACAAUAAUGUCCACGGCUCGCGCUACGCCCUGCUCAUCACAGUGUGGUACCUCGCGACCGCGCUACUCCAAAAGCCCAUGGGCGCCGGUGCCCUCGCCCUCUGCUGCUGGCAAAUCUUCUCCCUUCUCGAAAUCAUCGCGACAAACCACCUCGCCCACAGCAGCAUCGGUCCGGUCAUCCUCGGCCUGCUCGGCAGUUUCCACUUCUUCAAGACAGGGCACCAGGCCGCGCUGUCCAGCAUCCAAUGGGAAUCUGCGUUCAUCCCGCUACACACGAUCCGCUACCCUUGGUCCCCCCUGCUCGUCGUGCUGAAUACCUUUGGCGCGCAGAUUCUAUGCGCGGUCGCGGUGCCGGCGCUUGUCCUGUGGAAGCAGCCGCCUAGGAAGGCUGGGUUGCUGGGCGAUGUGGCACGCGCGACGGCGACGCAUGUGCUGUUUUACGCGACUGUGAAUCUGGCGACGACGAUGUGGGCGGGGCAUUUGAGGAGGCAUUUGAUGCUGUAUCGGAUCUUUAGCCCGCGAUUCAUGAUGGGUGCGCUAGUGCUCGUUAUUGUGGAUGCGGUUGGGAUUUUUGUGGCAGUUGGCGGGACAAGGAUGAGCUUCUUGAGUGUGGGGGAGGUGUUUGGGGUAGCGUAGGGUCUGGGUGUGUGUAGGAUAGAUAGGUUGGAAAAUGGGAGGGUUGAAAAGUGAGGUACUUUGUGUUGCAUAGCGCGCGCGUUAUCUUGAGUAUUGGAUCAAUUAUCG